AUGCAAGUUCUCGUUCAACGCCUCGAGGGAGUGCCGGUCGGGAGCUACUUAAGCAUCGGCAGCGAUGGGCAGAGGAUUCUGAGGCGAUUAGAAGCCGGCCGGAGCAUCUCGAUUCCCGGUGCAGAGAUCGGAGCAUUGAAGAUCGAGGUGCUGCAGAGCCUGGGCAGUGGCUACGUGGUGAAGCAGCCUGGGCCUGGGCGGCAGCAGUGCAGCCUGUCCUUCCUACCUGAGACAGACAGGGCCAUGAAGAACACCAAGAUGCUGCUGGAGCUUCAACUGACGCCUCAGUCGCCUGCAGAGGCUGCAAGUAAAGCUCCCAGCCAGGAGGAGAAUAGCUUUUACUUGCAGAGACACAAGCUGUCGGAGUACUUCAAGGCGCUGCUUUCUGCCAUGCUACGCCAGAAGCCGUCUGAUCCCUAUGCCUGGAUGCUGGGACAGCUGCAAGGUAAGAUCAUAGCCUCGCCUCCUGCAGAGAUUUCAACAUUAAGGCGUGUUCCUUCGUUCCAGGGUGGUGCCUGCGUCAUCACAGGUCCCAGCGGUGUGGGCAAGUCGACGCUGAUAAAGAAGCUGAUGGCAGAGUUCCCGGGUCAGUUCGGAUUCUCGGUGUCGCACACCACGCGAGAGCCUCGAGCAGGGGAGCAAGCCGGCGUGGACUAUCACUUCGUGACCCGAGAUCAGAUGCAGCAGGAUAUAGAUGCGGGCCUUUUCGUGGAGCAUGCAGAAGUGCAUGGCAACCUCUACGGAACUUCCAUUGAAGCAGUGCAGGCCGUGACACGGCAAGGCAAGGUAUGCCUGCUGGAUAUCGACGUGCAGGGUGCCGAAUCUGUCCGUCAGUCAACGCUGUCCAGCACAUGUUCCUUCGUUUUCUUUGCCCCACCGACCGCAGCUGUUCUAGAGCAGCGACUGCGCGGGAGAGGCACUGAAACCGAAGAGAGGAUCCAAAAGAGGCUAGGCAAUUCCUUGAAGGAGCUUGCGAUCUAUGAUGCAAAUCCGGAUGCGUGGGACCUGACCCUGAAGUGGUACAACGAGCAGGUGGAGGAUGCAUAUGCCGAGCUCAGGGACUUCAGCAUCCAGCAGCUGCCAUGA